AUGAGCAAAUUGCCUUCUACCAAACUUAAACCGAAUAGACAAAAACAACAACAACAACAAAAUAAACAACAAAAUAAACAACAAAAACUUCAUCAAAAGCAACUAAUGCACCUGCAUCAACAACAACGAAAACAACAACAGCAACAACAUCAUCAACGACAACAAAAUCUCGCACCAAAACUCCUAGCAGAGUCCCAAACAAACCUGCCUUCUUCGCCGAAAGUAUACAAACAAUUCCAGAAGGCAACAAACUAUUACCCGCCAAACAAAAAAGAUUUAAGUUACCAAAAACUAAAAAUAACGCUCGGCCGCCAUUUCGAUUCGAAUUUUAUGUCGAUCAGGAACCCGAUGAGGAAGAGAAAUUUUUUUGAAAAGAGCAAAAAUGUUUAUUACGACUACAGUGGCACUGAUCUCGAGAUUGUUGUUGUGAAUGGUAGUAAUGGCAACAGCAACAACAACAGCAACAACAAUAACAACAACAGCAACAGCAACAACAACAACAACAGCAACAACGACAAUUAUAAUAAUAACAACAAAAUGCAACGCCAGGUUUUAAUAAAAAGAGUUUCUUCAACUAACGACAACAAAAGCAGCCACAAAAACGUCAUCCUUCCAAUAAAAUUACCAGCCUACGGUAAAGUUUUUGCGAAAAAAAAUUCACUAUUCGAAAGUUAUCUGGCGGCCCUGACGGCUUGCCCCGUCAGGUUUGAGUGGGUCGACUUGGGGCCGACCUUCUGGCCCAGGUGGUUCAAAGAAGGAUCGUGUGGUAAAAACUACAACAAUGACGUCAUUUACAACAGCAACCACAACAGCGGCCACAGCGGCAGCAACUACAAAAACAUCCACAGGGCAAAUAAGAGUCUUCUCAAGAAAAUCAAACCUCACAAAAUUCGGACCAAAAAUUUAGGGCGAAAAAUUCGUCCACGGUCGUGUUCGGUCCCAAAUGGAAUGACUUGCCAGCGCGCGGACACCGCCGAGAAGAUUAUACUCUGGUGGUUUUGUCGCAAAAAUUCGACAAAAAAGUCGCGGAUAUUUUCACGAGGUGAAUGUGCCUGGUACAAAAUUUCGUUCGUCGUCACGAUUUCUUGCCAGUGUAGAUGCUGA